AUGGCAUCAUAUUUUGACGAAAAAGGCAUACCUGAUCCAUCAUCGACAAAAAAAAAAUCAAAUCAUAAUCCGGAUGUUUCCCAUUUCUUUAACGAUGGUUCUUCCUCUUCUUCAACAACCGGUACUAAUGAAGCUAUUACGGAACAAUUUUUACACUUAGCAAAAGACCAAACACCCGAUAAUAAUAAUCAUCAACAAUUUUUAGAUAAUUUAGUUACGCAAUUGUUAGAGGAAGCCAACUCGAGCGCAAAGGGACCUCCACCGGCUAGUAAAAAUUUUAUAAAAAAUUUGCCCAAAAAGACCAAUAUAACAAAGUUGCCUUGUAGUCAUAUGUUUGACAAAGAUUGUAUUUUACCAUGGUUAGAAUUGCAUAACACAUGUCCAAAUUGUAGGUUCGAAGUGGAAUCCGAUGAUCCAGAGUGGAAAAAGAAACAAAGAGAAAAACAAAAAAUUGAAGAUUCAGAAGAGGAAGACCCAAAUGGGAUGUACGCGUAA